GAACAGCAGAAAAGUAGACAGAAGCGAGUGAUUCUGGAGAUCUGUCAGUGCACUGAGACUGCUGGGGACUUUACAUGAUUUCAUUUAGCAUAAUCCCGACUGUUGUCAUCUGUGUCCGACAUUACCCGAGCCAGUCCAGCUGGAGUGUGUGUAGUGUGGCGCACAUCUGAGAAGGCUCACUAAAAGUCUAAUUAGAGAGGUCUUCUGGUGAGGCUGUGAUGGUGGACCUCUGAGGAAGAAAGAUCACGAAAGGCAGAACACAUUUGAGAGGAAGUGUUUGAGCAGAAGAGAGAGCGAUGUUGUCCCCCGAGCAGGAGCCGCUGAGCUCGUCUAAACCCGUCAAAUACGGAGAGCUUGUCAUCCUCGGCUACAACGGCUCUCUGCCGAACGGAGACCGGGGCAGAAGGAGAAGCCGCUUCGCUCUGUUAAAGAGACCCAAAGCCAAUGGAGUGAAGCCCAGCACCGUCCACAGCACAUGCAGUCCGCAGACCGCCAAGGCCAUCAGCAAGAAAGACCAGCACAGUGUCUCGUACACGCUGUCCCGAGCGCAGACGGUGGUGGUGGAGUACACACACGACAGCAACACGGACAUGUUUCAGAUCGGCCGCUCCACUGAAAGCCCCAUUGAUUUCGUGGUGUUGGACAAUGCGCCCGGUUGCCACGGUAACGGCGACACGCUGUUGUCCCAGAGCACCAUCUCGCGGUUCGCGUGCCGGAUCGUGUGCGAGCGAGAGCCGCCCUACACCGCGCGAAUCUACGCCGCCGGCUUCGACUCGGCCAAAAGCAUCUUCCUGGGGGAGAAGGCGGCGAAGUGGUGGUGCGCUGACGGGCAGAUAGACGGCCUGACCACGAACGGCGUGCUGGUGAUGCGGCCGCGACACGGCUUCACCUGCGAGUCCAAGCCGAGCGCCUGGAGGGAGAUCUCGGUGUGCGGGAACGUCUUCACGCUGCGGGAGACACGGUCGGCACAGAAACCCGGCAAACUGGUUGAAGACGAGUCUCAGGAGUUGACGGACGGCACGUUGAUCGACCUGUGCGGCGCGACGCUCCUGUGGCGUUCGGCUGAAGGCCUGUCCCGCACGCCGACGCUCAAACACCUGGAGGAGCUCCGGCGGGAGCUGAACGCGGCUCGGCCUCAGUGUCCCGUGGGCCUGCGCACGCUCGCCUUCCCCAGCUCCGAUCGCUCCUUCAUCGGCCCGGCCCGCGACGACCAGCCCUGGGCCUACCUGCACUGCGGACACGUGCACGGGUACCACGCCUGGAGGGGGCGCCGGCGGGUCCCGAACGAGGGCUCGACCGAGGAGGAGGACGACGAGUCUGAGGCGAGAGAGGAGGCGGAGCGGGAGCCGCCGCGGGCGGGCGAGAGAGAGUGUCCGCUGUGCCGAACGCGAGGUCUGUACGUGCCGCUCAAACUGGGCCGCGAGUCGGGCUUCUACCUGGACGGGGCGCCCCCGACGCACGCCUUGAACCCCUGCGGACACGUGUGUUCAGAGCGGACCGCGGCCUUCUGGAGCAAACUGAUGGUGCCGCACGGGGCGCACGGCUUUUACCCCGCGUGUCCGUUCUGCAUGAGGCCUCUCGCGCGCGAGGGCAAGGUCGCGAGACUCAUCUUUCAGGGGCCGCUGGACUGAGUGCACCUGUGUGUGUGUGUGUUUUUAAGACUCGUACGUGCCAAACACUCAAAGUCAUCUGUUCUCUGCACUGCCAGUAGUUUUCAGUUAAAAAGUGUUGUCAAAAGUACCGACUUCGGUAUCAAAUCGGUACUGAAAUUUUAAAAAUGUGACGUUGGAAGCGUAAACGCCUCUGAUUGGCCCAUUGUGUUCACGCGCUCAUCGGAUAUGUCUGUGAUUGGCUGCGAUGAUCAGCGCUUCAAAAACGCUCUUCUCCUAUGGCUGACACGGAUACACACGGGAGCGUUUGAAAGCAGGACCGCUCCGCUGAUUGUGCGCUGAUCAUCGUAGCCAAUCACAGACGUAUCCGAUGAACGCGUGAACACAAUGGCCAAUCAGAGGCGUAUACGAUUACACUCGUAUAUGAUUACACUGUCUGUCUGUCUGUCUGUCUAAAUAUGUGUCUGUCUAUCUGUGUGUAUGUCUAUCUAUCUAUCUAUCUAU